UCUCUUUGGCUUGUACUUAAGAGCAAGGCAGCCAACAGGCUAUACAGCUUCUUAGUUGAUGGAAUUAUUUGGUUGGUUCCCUAUGGAGUUUAGCCAAGUGCAACAGUAUGUUGGCACUGUAUUGAACUGCUUGGAAUUAAGUGCAGUGCUGCUCAAAUGCUUAAGUUAGACUCAGGGAAUCUGCAGACAGAAAACAAUAAGGCAGAAUGGUAGGAAAGUGAAUUGCAGAAUAACCAGGAGGUUCGCAACAUCGGGAGGAUUUGUUCCCUUUUUAUUUUCAGUGUUUUACAAAACAAAAAGCAAUGCCUCUGGGGAUUGUAGCUGUCUCCGUCUGUCUACUGCUGUGCGGUGGGGCGCAUGGACAGUGGGAUUGGUGGUACAGCCUAUGGGGAACAGACAAAACCACAGCAGCUCCCGACACGACAACUCCGGUAAGCAUGCGAUCACCCAGCAGCGACCGGCCACCAGGAACCACAAUGGGACAAGGAAUCCAGUCCACAUCGACGGUUAGAUCGGGUGGUGUCACCCAAACCCUGGGUCCUCCUCACCAAGAGCACUCUGUUCAAGUGUCCUCAAUGGAAGGGCACACUCCAGUUGGGGAACUGACCAAAUCCAUAAGUGUUGGCUUACUUCAGCAAAGGAAUGUGACAGAGAGAGGAUCCAAUGAUCACAUUGACUUAACAGGCCUGAUUGGAGUCCCUUUGCCACCUUCAGUUGCGUUCAUCACAGGAUAUGAAGGCUUUCCAGCGUACAGUUUUGGGCCAGGUGCAAACAUUGGUCGACUGACGAAGACUAUGAUACCUCAGUCUUUCUACAGGGACUUUGCAAUCUUGGUGACCAUCAAGCCAGCCAGUGACGAUGGGGGGGCGCUGUUUGCCAUUACAAAUUCCUACCAGAAUAUUAUUUACUUGGGAGUGAAACUAUCUGCAGUUUGGAACAACAGCCAACAGAUCGUGCUUUUUUACACAGAAUCGGGUUCUGAAACCUCCUAUGAGGUUGCCUCAUUUGAAGUGCCGCCCAUGACAAACAAAUGGACUCGGUUUGCUUUAUCCGUUGAGGGUGAGCUUGUCACUUUGUAUUUGGACUGCGACGAAUAUCAACAGAAUCACUUCACACGAUCACGUGAAGCAUUACAUUUUGAGCCAAGUUCUGGAAUUUUCAUUGGGAAUGCUGGAGCUGCAGGGUUGAACAAAUUUAUAGGGUCCAUCCAAGAGCUUACAAUUAAAUCAGACCCUCGGGCGAGUGAAGAGCAGUGUUAUGAUGCUGAGUCUGAAGGAUCAUCUGACGAUGUUAGUGGCGAUGGUAGUGGUCAAUAUAUUCCUCAGGAGCAUGGAGGCAUUAAAUCCCAAAUUCAGCACAACACUCCAAGCCCUGUAAUUGGUCAGCAGUUACACAGUGAGCCAGUCAAAGAGCCCCCCACUGAAACAUUGAUCACUGAGGAGAUUGAGGGUUCUUCAGGACAGCGGGAAACUCAGUUCCAGUAUGCGACUACAUCGGGCACUUCUGGAGAGAUGCCACCCUAUGAAGAGAGAGCAGACAUUGGACUAAAAGUAACAACUGGGUCUCCUGCCCUAAGAGGUGCCAAGGAUGGUGAAAACCUGCCAGGACCUAAAGGAGAAAUUGGAUCUGGAAGUGAAGUCCUUUACAGUGAGAAAGGUGCAAAGGGUGAAAAAGGUGAUCCAGGAAGUAAGGGUGAGGAUGGACUGGGAAAAGUUGGACUCAAGGGUGACAAAGGUGAACCUGGAUUAACUGGUCCUCCUGGUAUACCCACAGUGAACCAAGUUGAUCCUGUAGAGCCUGGGCCACCAGGGCCAAGAGGCUCACCAGGACCUCCCGGAAAAGAUGGUCAGCCUGGUGUCCCAGGAAAAGAUGGACUGCCUGGUAAACAGGGAUCUCAAGGAUUUAAAGGAACAAAAGGUGAACAAGGUCCCAAAGGAGAGAAGGGUGACCCAGGGCUUUCCGGUUUACCAGGUCCACCUGGUCCUCCUGGGCCUCCUGGCCAAAAACAUAGACCUAGUACCCUUGGUACAGAAGGAUCUGGUUUCGACGAUACUGACGAUGACAUGGAGAUAAUUAGGGGUAUCCCAGGACCUCCUGGACCUCCAGGCCCUCCAGGAUUACCAGGUCUCCCAGCUCAAUCAGAGGUGUUGAAUCCAAGCAUUGUUGGCUCCCCAGGACCACAAGGUCCCCCUGGUCACCCUGGACAAGAUGGUAAAUCGGGUGAGCCGGGUCCAAGGGGACCACCAGGAGUGGAUGGAACGUUUGGUAAACCAGGGACAAAGGGACAAAAGGGUGAUCAAGGACGGAUUGGCUUGCCAGGUCUUCAGGGAGCAAAGGGAGAUCAUGGAUUACCAGGACCUCCGGGAGCUCCAGGUCAGCCUGGAAAGCCAGGACCCCAAGGUCCACCUGGUCUUCCAGGUCCUCCUGGACCAACCAGCAAUGGCGGUUACAACUUUGGAUUUGAGGAUAUGGAAAUCUCUGGAGCUUUUGGACUACCCGGAAUACCAGGAAAGCCUGGAUCACCAGGACUGCCAGGGCUCCCAGGUGUAAAGGGCGAACCAGGUUCUCCAGGUGACAAAGGACCUCCAGGUAUCCAAGGUCAACCUGGACCCAUUGGGCAAGCUGGCUUACCUGGACCUAUGGGACCAAAUGGUGAGAAAGGAGAACAAGGAUUUAAGGGUGAACGUGGUGAAGAUGGUGUUGGUAGGCCAGGACCUCCGGGUCCUCCAGGUCCUGUCGUGUUACUACAUGAGUUACUGAUGAACGACACUGAAGGACAUCUCAACUUGAAUGGAAUCCAACUACUUCCUGCACUGCCCGGAUCAGAAGGUAUGCCUGGUCAAGCUGGAUUUCCUGGCCCUAGAGGACCCAAAGGUGACCUUGGAAUGCCUGGUUUCCCAGGAAUAAAGGGUGAAAAAGGUGAGCCUGGAGCUGUUGUUGGUGCAGAUGGAUCUCUGCUGGCUGUAAGAUCAAAAGGUCAAAAGGGUGAACCAGGUCCACUGGGACCUCCUGGACCUCAGGGUCCACUGGGACAUCCAGGACCUAAAGGUGAAUUUGGCCUUCCUGGUAGACAUGGUCGAUCAGGAAUAAAUGGCAGAAAGGGUCAGAAAGGUGAACCUGCAACAACACUUCUGGGUCCUGCUGGAUUACCAGGACUUCCCGGACCUCCAGGACCUCCAGGACCACCUGGUCGAAUCCUCAAUAUAAAAGGGACAGUUUUUCCAGUUCCUCCCAGACCUCACUGCAAAAUGCCUAUAAAUGGUCAGUUGAAUCAGCAAGUGGAUUAUAAUUUCCUGGGGCCAAAAGGAGAGAAAGGUUCUUUCGGAUUAUUUGGACCGAUUGGCAGUAAAGGUGAAAAGGGGGAGCAGGGUACCCCAGGAUUGCCAGGUCCUUACUCACCAUACAUCGGCCUUAAAGGUGAGAAAGGAGAUACUGGUACGACGGGUCAGAAAGGAGAGAAAGGAGAAUCAGGUAGUGGGUUGUUCCUGUCGCAUUUGCCUGGUCCACCAGGACCCAUCGGGCCUCAUGGAAGACCUGGACCAGUGGGUCCUAAGGGUGAAUCUGUCGUAGGACCAAUGGGGCCACCCGGCCUACCUGGGCCCCCAGGAUCUCCAGGUUAUGGGAUUACAGGUCCGCGAGGUCGUCCGGGGCCCCCAGGACCUCCAGGAAUUCCAGGAGUCUUCGGAUCAGCUAUCGCACUGCCUGGACCUCCAGGACCUCCAGGGCCACCAGGACAAGGGGACAGUGGCAGUGUUGUAAAAGUGUUCAACAACAUGGAGCUUAUGCAUAAAUCAACCCGUUCAGUAACUGAAGGCUCCUUAGGCUAUAUUAACAACGGGGGGGACCUUUACAUUCGAGUUCACAAUGGCUGGAGAAAGCUCCAGCUUGGUGAUCUGAUUCCUGCUCCUGCUGAUGAACCAUAUCGCUCAACUAACUCGAUCUCAGCACCAAACCCAUUCUCAGUGAUAAAUGAUCAGAAGCCAGCGUUACACUUGGUGGCUUUAAACACACCCCUGCCUGGCAACAUGAGGGGUAUCCGUGGGGCUGAUUUACAAUGCUUCCAACAAGCUCGAGCUAUGGGCUCAGUAGCGACUUACCGAGCUUUCCUAUCUUCUCAACUCCAAGAUUUAUAUACAAUUGUGAGGAAAGCUGACAGAUUAAAUAUGCCCAUUGUCAACUUGAAGGGAGAAGUGCUUUUUGAUAGUUGGGAGUCCAUCUUUAAAAAUCAGGCUAAUUUCAACACAGACGUUCCUAUUUAUUCAUUUGAUGGUAGAAACAUCAUGAAAGAUUCUUCCUGGCCACACAAAAUAAUAUGGCAUGGAUCCAAUGAGCGAGGUGGCCGAGUAACAACAAACUACUGCGGGGCAUGGCGUUCAACAGAUAUGACCCUCACUGGCAAGGCAUCGCCACUUACAAGAGGCAAACUCCUGGAUCAACACUCUUAUAACUGCGCAAAUAACUUUAUCGUUCUUUGCAUUGAGAACAGUUACUUCCAUGACCACAGAAGGAGAAAAUAACAGCUUAUGACUGCACACGAAAGGUUUGGAAUUAUAUCGCGUCUACAAUCUCAUCACAAAACCAGUAAAGGGUGGCACACUGUUAGAUUCUAUAAAUAUGUUAAAUCGGGGACCAUGUAAAUAUCGUUUUCUGACGGGAUUGUCAAGUUACAGAAAGUUAGCAGAAAUGGAAGCCAAAGAUGACAUACCUCAAAAAUCUUCAUGGGCUCGUUUUUAGAAAUAAACAAACUGUGUAUUUGUUCUAAAGAACUUCUCUCAUGCAGUUCCACAAUCAUGCUUGUUGAUAUUUUGGUGCUAGUAACAAAUAAAUUUAAAUGACACUGCUGUUAAGGUAA